AUGAAUUGGGUCCCAGAAUCGGAAUGUUGUUCCUCUAAUUUAGAAAGUCUUUUCAAAUGUUAUCUAAAGCAUGCAAAAGCGAGAGGAUUCAGUGUGGCUCGAAAGUCUGGCUCAAAAGACAGGGGAGGUAAUAAAAGAUAUUAUACAAUUUCGUGUGACAAGGGAAGAAAACCCACAGCUUCUUUUAAGGAAUCUAAAAGAACAGACUGCCCUGCUAAGGUUAGUGCAGUUUUGAGGAAAAAUGGAUUUUGGGAAGUCACAAAGAUCAACACAUACCAUAAUCAUGAAUUGGAAACCAUGUCUAGUUUCAUGCACGGACACAGAAAUUUAGAUUCAACGAUGAAGAGGAAGUUGGAAGCAAAUGAUAUUGCUGGAAUUAGAUCAUGCAAAAGUAUAAAGUUGAUGAUAGUAGAAGCAGGAGGCCCUAAGAAGAUGACUUGUUCAGUUAAAGAUUGUAGGAAUUAUAUUGAGGCAAGAAGAAGGCUGAGGCUAGGUGAUGGCGAUGCAGAAUCAAUUACUAGAAUGUUUAGCAGUAUGCAACUGAAAGACCGCAAUGUUUUUCAUUUGGUUGAUACAGACAAUGAUGGCAGAUUGAGAAAUGUAAUUUGGGUUCACUGUCGAAUUAGAGCUGCUUAUGAAGAAUUCAAUGAUGUUAUAUGCUUUGAUACAACAUAUCUUGUCAAUCGAUACAAAAUGUUGUUUGCAACUAUAGUUGGUGUAGAUCACCAUGGCCAAUCUAUUUUACUAGGUUGUGCGUUGAUCCCCCGUGAGGAUACUGUAGCUAACAAAUGGAAUUUUAGAAAUUGGUUGGCUGCAAUGGGUGGCAUUGCACGUGAAGCAAUAAUGACUAUCAGUGUGAAAUUCAAGCACAUUGAAAAAUUUAAGAAAGCAGAAGACAAUUUCAAGGGCUUGAUUUAUGAUAGCUUAACUGUGGAGAUGUUUGAAACACAAUGGGUUGAAUUUCUCAGAAAGCACGAAGUGGAGAGCAAUGAAUGGCUGCUUAAGUUAUAUCUGGAAAGAAGGAGAUGGGUACCUGUGUAUUUGAAUGACACAUUUUGGGGUGGGAUGCGCUCUACCUAG